GACGUCAGGAGAGCGACGUUACCGCUUGAGUGCCGACGCGUCCGACGGAGAAGAGGGAGGGGGCGUGGCUUACGGCGACACGCAGGGGAGGAGAUGAAAGCAAAGGCUUGUUAAGGAACAUGACUCUUUAAGAUAAGCGGAAGAAUUAUGGACUGUUGGAAUGCCCAGAGGAAAAUGAGAAUGCAUGAGAGGAUAAAAGAAACAAGAACAUUUGGAUCAGAGAUUUCAGUUGUUAUGUGGCUAGCAGUUCUCCUUCGUGGCUAUUUUGGACAAGACACACAACACAAAUUAAAACAUUGGGAAAGCAACGGCAGGAGCCAGGCAAUAAUUCCAAGGAGCCACUGUAUGUUCUGAUGGUUAUAUUCCUUCGCUUUGGUUAAUCCUAUCCAUUCCACGCUCAUCUUUACUGAGUGAAGCCAGCACUACACUCCUAACAGACUGAAUAAACAGAGAUAUAAACACAGACAUUUGCUUCCAGACUUGCUUUAAAUCUUGCAUCGGCUUUCUGAUUACAUCCAAAACCGUCUUUUUGUGCGUGACAUUUAAUAUUCGAUACUGCGGUAAUAUUGCUAAGCUUUUUUUUGUUUUUAAUUCAUCCAAAACCUAAAACCAGUUGCUAAAUUGGAAAUGGCGCAAUCGGAGAUUACAAGUGCUGCGUCAUUGGUGUCUAUUGAGCAGGAACUCAGCAGAGAAGAGGAGGAGGAGAAGGAGGAGGAGGAAGGAGCAGAACAUCCUGCAGAAAUUGACACGUGCUGCCCCGCAGGCUGCGCCGAAGCGGAAAACGUGACUCAUGGGAACAAAAGGAUUCCUAAAGACCCGGGGACCUGUGACAUCCCGUUCUACGUGUCUGAAUUUGUGGAAAGGAACGUUGGGACGGAUUACGACUCACUAAGCAAGCUUGGCGAGCUGAUUGAGCAGUUGUCAAAAAACCAGAUGAAGUUAGAAGAACAGGUUCUCACCGUUUCAUCGGAAGUUCCCAAACGGAUCCAAAAGGCCUUGCAGAACGCCGAAGAUUCGAAGAAAUCUUUCCACGAGCUUCUGGAGAAAGAGAGGAUUUUGAACGAUGCGGUGAACAGCCACCUGUUGACCUCCAGCCCUUGGAUGGAGGAGUUUGCUGCCUUGAUAAGCCAAAUAAAAGAAGUCGAGAGACACCUGGCUUACUUAAAACAGAUUUCACAAGUAGAAGAAUUAAGUGACAACAUCCAGCAAUAUCUAAUGACCAACAACGUGCCCGAGGCUGCUACGGCCUUGGCGUCCAUGGCUGAGUUAGAUAUCAAGCUCCAAGACUCUUCCUGCUCACAUCUCUUGACUUUUAUAAGAUCUACUAUUCAAUUCUGGCACAAGAUCCUGAAAGACAAAUUGUCCAGUGAUUUCGAAGAGACGCUGACACAGCUGCAUUGGCCAUUUAUUGGACCAGCACAAUCCCAAGUUUUGGGCCUGGCUCCCUCCUCCCCGAACGCCGCAGAAAUAUACAGUAACUUUGAGACCCUGUUUUCUCAACUCCUCAAACUGCAGGCAUCAGACGAACUAUUAACCAAACCGAAGCAGCUGCCAGAAAAAUAUCUCCUUCCAUCAACUCCACCUAUUAUACUACCAAUGCAGAUCAUGCUGGCUCCCCUUCAGAAAAGAUUCAAAUACCAUUUCACGGGGAAUCGGCAAACCAACGUCUUGAGCAAGCCCGAGUGGUAUCUUACCCAAGUAUUGAUGUGGAUUGGGAACCACGUGUCGUUUCUCGAAGACAAAGUUCAGCCCAUCCUGGACAAAGCAGGCACUUCCGUGAACGCAAGGCUGGAGUUUUCCCGGGCUUUGGUCAUGCUCAUCCUGGAGAAGCUGGAUGCCGACAUCCCUUGCAUGUUGUACGACGACAACCUCUUCUGCCACCUGGUGGACGAGAUCCUCCUGUUUGAAAGGGAGCUGCACGGUCUUCGUGGCUACCUCAGCACUCUCCCCAGCUGCAUGCACAUUUUAUCAGAAGAAACCUACUUUCAGAGAUGGUUGACGGUAGAGAGAAAAUUUGCUCUUCAGAAAAUGGAUUCCAUGCUGUCAUCGGAAGCUGCUUGGGAAUCCCAGUACAAGGACAUCACUGAUGUAGAUGAAAUGAAGGUCCCAGACUGCGCAGAGACUUUUAUGACUCUCCUCCUGGUGAUCACUGACAGGUACAAGCAUCUUCCCACAGCGGCUCGGAAACUGCGCUUCCUCGAAUUGCAGAAAGAGCUGGUGGACGACUUUAGGAUACGGCUCACUCAGGUCAUGAAGGAAGAAACCAGAACGCCUCUCGCCUUCCGCUACUGUGCGAUCCUGAACGCCGUCAACUACAUAGCGACGGUGCUAGCCGACUGGGCCGACAACGUCUUUUUUUUACAGCUGCAGCAGGCUGCCCUGGAAAUGUGCGCCGGAAGCGACGGGCUGAGCAUGCUCCAGUUGGGGCAGCUGGCUUCUCUGGAAAGCUCGGUGUUCGAUGACAUGAUCAACCUCCUUGAACGGUUGAAGCACGACAUGCUCAGCCGGCAAGUCGACCAUGUCUCCAAGGAAGUGAGAGACGUGGCCAAGAUCUACAAAAGGGAAAGGUGGCUCUCCUUGCCCUCCCAGGCCGAACAAGCGGUGAUGUCCUUGUCCAGCACUGCCUGCCCUUUGCUCCUGGCUUUGCGAGACCGGCUCCUUCAGUUGGAGCAGCAGCUCUGCUACUCCUUGUUCAAAACCUUCUGGCAAAUGCUCGCCGAGCAAGUUGACUUGUUCAUCUACCAGGAGGUCAUCCUGGCCAAUCAUUUCAACGAAGGGGGAGCGGCCCAACUCCAGUUCGAUAUGACUCGGAAUCUUUUCCCUUUAUUCUCCCAUUACUGCAAACGGCCGGAGAAUUAUUUCAAACACAUCAAGGAGGCCUGCAUUGUGCUGAACUUAAACAUCGGUUCUGCCCUGCUGUUGAGGGAUGUGCUACAGUCGGGUCCGGAAACCAGAACUGGAAUCAGCUUUCCUUCAAAUCAACCCACAGCUGUGGCAGCUUUAAAUGAACUUGGAAUUUAUAAGUUAGCUCCAAAGGAUGUUGGGAUUCUCCUGAAUUUGAGGACAAAUUGGCCUAAUACGGGCAAAUAAUCAAGGCAAACAGAACGGAGAGACACUUAUCGCUGUUACGUUAUUUAGAAAUGACGCUAUGUUCUCGUGUGAUGUCAAGUAUACUGCCUUGGAAAGAAAAACAUGCAUUAAAAAAACCACUGAAAACUAAACCGC